GCUCCGGGAGCGCGGGGGGGCGAGCGGCGGCACCGACACCGGCACCGACACCGAUCACCGGCACCUCACCGGGGCUCGCAGCCUCCGCCGGGCAGGAGCAGGACGAGGAGAAGCGGCAGGAGGAGGCGGAGGCGGAGAGAAGCGGUCGCGGUCGCGGGUGCCGCCGCGGGGAGCGGAGCGAGCGCGGGGCGGCGGCGGCGGCUCCUCCAUCAUGUCGUCGGGCGGGGACUUCGGGAACCCGCUGCGGAAAUUCAAGCUGGUGUUCCUGGGCGAGCAGAGCGUGGGGAAGACUUCCUUGAUCACCAGGUUCAUGUAUGACAGCUUUGACAACACCUACCAGGCAACAAUUGGCAUUGACUUCUUAUCGAAAACCAUGUACUUGGAGGAUCGAACAAUCAGGUUGCAGCUGUGGGAUACUGCGGGUCAGGAACGUUUCCGUAGCCUCAUUCCCAGUUACAUCCGUGACUCUGCUGCUGCUGUAGUAGUGUACGAUAUCACAAAUGUAAACUCCUUCCAGCAAACCACAAAGUGGAUCGACGACGUGAGAACGGAACGGGGCAGCGAUGUCAUCAUCAUGCUGGUGGGGAAUAAAACAGAUCUAGCAGAUAAGAGACAAGUGUCCAUUGAGGAAGGAGAAAGGAAAGCCAAAGAGUUGAAUGUAAUGUUCAUUGAAACUAGUGCAAAAGCAGGAUACAAUGUAAAACAGCUUUUCCGACGUGUGGCAGCUGCCUUGCCCGGGAUGGAAAGCACACAAGACAAAAGUAGAGAAGACAUGAUUGACAUAAAACUGGAAAAGCCUCAAGAGCAGCCUGUCAGUGAAGGAGGCUGUUCCUGCUAAUACCAUGUGGCUUCCACCUUUCUCCAGAACAUCACUGCUUUCCCUCCCUGUCCUCUUCAUUGACUGCAGUGUGAAUAUUGGCUUGAACCUUCCCCUUUCCGUAAUAACGUAUCGCAGUUCAUCAUCGCUGGCUGUCUCGUGGAGAUGAUCUUUAGCUUCACAAGCACACCCCACACACACACCAAAAAAAUGUCAGUGUCUUCAUUAUUUAUAAGAAAAGAAAAAAAAAAAGCCAAAAUAUUCCACCGUAUUCUAGGUAUAACUUUAAAAAAAAACAAAAGCAAAAAAAAAAAAAAAAAAAGAAGAAGAAGAAAAUCCAAACAAAAAAAUAGGUACAAUUUCUUAAUAUUUGUUCCUUUUUUAAUAUGUUAUGAUAUUGCACUUUGAAAUGAUGGCAACUGAGUAAGUUUGGAAUUGGACCUAGAUGAGAUGUAUGUGCAGAAGAAGGCUUGCAAAUCUGACCCAUUGGAAUUUCUCUCAGAAACUGGGAAUGUGUAGACAGCAGGCGCAAUCACGGGGGGAGGCAGCAGAUGCCGAGGGUUGAAGGCUUAUAAUAAUUAAACACAAAUUAACCCCAAGCUCUUAAUUGCAAGUCUGCCUGGUGUCCAGAGCCAGCCUGGCCUUAGCAGGGGUUGGACACUGCUGGCUCUGGAGCUGGGAAUUGUCGCCGAGGCAGCGGGGACACGUUUCCAAGGAAGCAUUACUGGGAAUACGGACGGGCUCUUUGGGAUGAGUGGCUUCUGGAGGAUUUGGGGGGGAAGGAAAGGGUGGAUGUGCAUUAGCAAAACACUUGCAGGAAACAGGGAAAUAAUGUUUCGAGUGCAAAAUGAGUUUUCAGAGCAUUUUUUUUUUUUUAGUCCUUUUUAAGUAGAACACCAAUGAAGUGAAUUAUUACUGCCCAAGAGAUGGGAACAUAACAGUUCAGCUGUUUGGAAGAGAAAGCAUUUUGCUUCUUUGCUUUUUUAGGGGAAGUAUUGAAAUCAGGACUGGCACUAAAACCUGCCAGAGCCGACUGAAACCUUGGAAAUUUGGGAGAAAGAGGGAAGAGCAGCUGGCUGCCCCAGCAGAGGGGGAAUGGCACCCGCUCUUCCAGAGCGUGGCCAUAGGUCCGUGGGGAAGGGGUGUUUACUUUGAGCCUGCAGAAUCCUAGUUGAGGCAUCUUAGAUGGAAAGGGAGGGACUUGAGUAGGAUGGAAACCAACUCCUGAUUAUGCAGAUUUAUGCCUUUAUUUUUUAGCUCUUUUCUUUUUUUUAUUAUGUUCAGUCUUCCAAGUUGGUUUAGUUGGGUUCUCUAGAGCUGUAUAGUUUGGUGAAAUAGUUAGUAAUUUAGUUUUCUAUGGAAUUAGGCUCACAAUUAACCCUUUUUAUUUUCUUUGGUAUUUAUUUCUCGGCUUUAAUUUUUUUUUUACUCUUUCCAAUGCUGAUUUUGUUGUUUUUCCUUUGGCUGAGGAAUCUGUGUAGAGCUUUGCUGAUGUUGCGAGAUGUAGCUACCCGAGAAACACGGAAUGAAACACACUAGAAGUGCACCCUUUUAAUCUUUACUAGUCAUUGUGAAGUUGCUGUGUAAGUUAAUAAACACAAUUGUAAAUACAUUGUUUGCUGGGCGACUCUGGCCGAGUUACAGUGCAGGAAGGAAUUCUCGAGUCUGUGUUGCGAUUGUGGAUUAAAUGGACAAUUGCAAGGGAAUAUUCAGGCUCCUCCUUGGUUCUCUUCUGCCCCUCUCUCUACCAUCUAAAAUAACCACCUGGGGGAGAGGAAGGGAAUCGUCCUCACCACCACUUUCCCCAGGAAGCGGGCAUAAAAGAGUUGGAGUUGUUCAUUCCUGAGGUGAAUGCCAGGCUCAUGCCCUGCCCUGGGUUUCUAGCAACUCUGCACAACAAUAACUUAAAGGCAGAACGAGAUGUAAAAGUGCUUUUCUAAUGCAAUAUUAAAGGCGAAUUUUUUUGACGUGGCAUGUCUUGAAAUAAACAUCAAUGAUAUGUGACAAAGGAUCAUUCUUUAUUUAAAAGAAACUCUCUGGGGGAAGGAAACCUGGCUGCUUUUCCUUUGUUGUACCGUUCUUAACCGUGCUGAAAUGCUUCAUCCUGCUGCUUCUUCCUUUGCUUUGGUUUGCUUUUUUCUCCUUUGGUUCUCCGUGCAGCUUCUGUUGGUCCUCAUUUGGCUGUUGCCCACGAGCACAUUCUUUUUUUUUUCCUUGCUUCUGAUAGCCCCCUCUGCUUCCCACAGUCCCAAGCUUUAAGCCCUGGAUUUAAGGAGCUGGCUUAGCCCAUUGGGGCUGUGAUGGACCAGCAGCCUGGACGCUUUUCCUGGGAGACCUGAGAGCAGGUUUGUGCAGAACUCGCUGGAAACAAAGGUGUGGAGAGCAGCAUUGCCACAGCUCCGUGUUCAGCACGGCCAGGGGGCUGCAGGAGCACGGCCAGGUACGUUCAGUGCACGUCCUUGCUGGUACCUGUGCUGCCUAACAGGGCUCACCCCAGCUCUCCAGAGCAAGCACACUGCCAAGGUGAGCACAGCAGCAGCAUGGCCUUUAGAUUCAUUGUUUGGUUUGGGUUUUUUUGCACCAUCCGUCUGUCAGGUUUUAGGUUUUGGUUUUCUUUCACUCUGUGGGUGUGGCCAGCGGAGCCAUGGGAACAGAUGUUCUUAAUGCUGAUUUUUGUGCCAUUUUCUGAGCGAAGGUCUCGGCUCUGUUUCUUUUCUCCUCCCUGCUCUGGCUUGCUCGUUGUACAGUCCAUCAUGCAGCUAUUCCAUGCCUCACGUUUUGUCUUGGUAAAAGUAGUUGAAGAAAUUGUGUAAGGGGGGAAAAAAAAAGGUUGCUUUUCUUCAUGUUGGAAUGUCACUGGUACCUCAGCUCUGUUUGAUAAUAUGAACCAACAACGACAAGAGAACAAAUCCUUAGUGCUUGAACUAAAUAAAUACCUGUCUCAUUGGAAA